CGAUUAUUUCAGUCCAGCAUUAGGCUGAAGCAGUGAAGGCAGAAGGAAGGCAGAAGCAGUGAAGGGGGGAGGGUGGCAGCCUGCAUUCCUGCGGACCUUCGGCUUGGUGGAUCGGCUUCUGGGUGCAGAGAUGGCGCAAACAUUCGUUUGCCAGCCCCCUGCUUUGAGGGCAGCAAUGCUAGACAGCUGGCGCCGUCCGACAAGUCAAUCUGUGCAGGUGCGCACCAGAACAAGAGCCGUAAGCAACAUCCCUGUGUCCAGAAGGUCACCAAGAUGCGAUAAGUUUCUGACUGGAAGCUCUUUUGAAGGAUUGAGAGACCUGGGCGAUUCUGGGCGGAGCUGGAACGGGCAGCAAGGGCCGGCGCGCCACCGACGUGGAAAGAAGCAGCUGGUACGCGCAGCGGUGUCUACUGGCACAAAGGGCACUGCUUCGGAUGCUGGGGUGAAGGACUCUGUCGCUCUGUUGAAGGAGGCUGCCAAGACCAGAAAGGUGGAAGGGGGCAAAGUGACCCAAGCAAUCAUUGAACUUGAGAAGGCCAAGGUCGACUCCAGCAAAUUCCUGGAGUACAUUGGCGGUACUGCCUCGCCGGGACACCACUGGAUGCUCGUCUUCACGGCAGGUUCCAAAGAUGUCCAAGCCGCAAAGAAGGGCGGAAAGCCAAAGGGCAGCUACAUCCCAAUAACGGCCGUGCAGCACUUCGAUGCUCAGACGAACCUGAUCGAGAACGGGGUCUACUUGCGAAGCCUCGGAAACCUGGUCUUCGCCGGCGUCUUCGGCUGGAAGAAUCGCCAGUUGUCCUUCACGUUCGACCGGAUCUCCAUCAAACUGGGGCCGCUGAAGCCCUUCUCGUUCAAACUAGGGUCGGGAGAAUCUCGAGUGCCCGGGGUGGGGAAGGAAGGCGGCAAGGACCCCUUCUUUUUGUUUUCUUAUGCUGACGACGAGAUCAUGGUGGCGCGGGGACGGGGCGGCGGGGUGGCGUUCUGGGUCCGCUGCAAGAACGUGGGCAGCCGGCAAUGGUAGCGGAAUAGUGUACAGUUUCCAGAGCUCUGUGUGUUGGCCAGUGUACAGACUAGUUUGUGUGUUGUUUAUAGUACCAUGAAUACGACAUUAAGAUUUGUCCAAUGAGCCCUUCAUUGUAUGAGUGUUCAGAAUUCUUUGGAUUCUUCGCAAGAAUUUCUGAUGUUCAACAGCUCGAGUGUACCACAAUUUUUGCAUAUAGGCACCAAUGAUAUCGUCCAGCUGCUUGC